AGCCAGUCACUGACCAGGCACACUCCGGGCUACUCGGGGCUUUCGUGCUCUCUUUAUACCGCGUCAACAAUUUCACUCGUUGCUACAAGCCGCUACUAUAAAAAAGACUUUUCUUAAGUAAAACUCAUGUCGUGUCCUCGAAGUGAAGUGUUUUUGUGAGAAAUUCUUUGGAUUUAUGCCGUGGUUAUUCAGCGUACGAAUGUCCGCCAUGAGUUUUAACAAUAAUAAACGGUGAAGCAAAUCUUUCGAUGUCAAACUCUUCUCCUUAGUUCGAUGUUCCGAAACGGAAUCACGGUGACGUCAAUUAAUCGCGAAGUGGCUUAGAACAGUGCUCGAGUUCCGGUGUUUUCUCAACUCCCUUAAUAGCUCAUUUACGGUCCAUUUACUUUGCUGCUCGUUGCACUCGGUGCACGCCCCAGUGGUGUAAAUAAACUGACGAGUUAUUACGACCUUAAAGAACAUUGACCCGCGAUUUUUUUCCGUUAAUCAACGUAUCGAUACCGCCUCGAUUAUCUUUUAUCGAAAUAUCGCUUCGUCUUUCAAUAUUAUCAAAAGAAUUGCGAAAACUGGAAACUACUCGCCUCCAACAAAUAUUUCGUGAGCUGAUUUGAGAAUUGACAAAAAUACAGUGAAGUAAAAAAAAAAAACAAAACACUCGACCGUCUCAACGUCGCCGAAGUACUCGAAUUUGAGAAAAUCCAUGAACAAAGUCAGCUUUUCAUGUGAUAUUUGAAAAUUUCGAAUGUUCGAGAAAUAACGCCGAAGCAUCGCGUUACUUCGAAAUCUCAAUUCCGGCGUCGAUAAAAGUUGAACUUGAAUUCAGUGUUGAUUCGUUAUUCGCGCGUUGAAGUAAUUCGCGAAUAAAGCGAAAAUGCGGUAGUGCGAUACGGACUCGAAGGAGGAUCUGAAAUUGCAAAUCCCGAUUUAAAAAUGGAAAGAAACGAAACGAUAGCACUCGACUCGACAGUGAGAAGUCAGGACUCUGGUAAGACAAACAACUCAAAAGAUUCCUCGAACUCGAAGGACUCGAAAACCGAGAGCUGUCAAGAGUCCAAGCAUUCCAAGGAGAUCUUAAUCUCCGAGAGGCAGCAGCGACAGCAGCAGCAUCAGGCGCAUCAGCAACAGCAACAGCAGAACCACCAGCAACAUUUGAGGGAUCAGGAACAGCGGCACAAACUUCAGAGAGACCAAGCACGCGAUGACACGAACAUUCUUAUGUUUACAUCCUGCGGGCAGUUACUUCUCGGUGUCGUCCUCGUCGUUUUCGGUGUUCUCGUGCUCGUCCACGGGGCCUCCCUGGGUGGAUCAGGUGCCGGAUUAUGGGCAGGAGCUGGCGCCCUCGUUGCGGGUGCUCUCGGUGUAGUGGCGACGCUAGCGACGUCAUCGAGUAACAAAAUGCCUCAGCAGAGAGGGCCGAGAGCUUCCGGUUUCGCGACGGCUCAUCUCGCCUCGAGUCUCGUUGCACUGGCGCUCUCGAACAUGUCAGCAAUCACGGCGCUGACAGCAGUCGUUCGAGAUUCCCAACGACCUACCGAGCCCAGCAUUCUUCUCGUUCCCGGCGAAGAUGGAAAUCUCGUGGAAGUGGAAGGCGGCUGGGCGGGGCUUCUGGCCAGCAUCGGACUUCUGAUAGCCAGCGUCGCUGAGCUCCUCGUUGCUGGCUACAGUUGCGUAACCCUCACCCCGAAACUUUGCGGAUGUCUCAGAUCGAGCAAUGACGAUACUCCUGAUGGUAGACUCAAAACAAGGAACAUGGUGCACCAAUGGGUCGUUGCCCAAAAUCACGUGCCCAAAAAUCAGCCGAUUUACGUCGUUCAGCCUGUGAUGCCGAUGCAUCCGAUGAUCCAGGCACCUUAUGGAAUUCCAGCGGCAGCUCACGGCAAAUAUCCAGCUGGUUUCGUACCCGCUGGGGCUCUUCCAAUGCCAGGACCCGGUUACGGGCCAGUUCCAGUGAUGCCUCACAUCAUUCAUGCUGGCAGACCACCGACGCAAAUGGUACGAACGAGACACCACAGCAAACGUCAUUCACCAUCGGAUCCGGAAGACGAGAGAAGCAGACGCCACAACAACAAUUCAGAGGCCAAUAAGAGCCUCGAUUCCAUGACGAAUAAGAGAAUGGCCUCGAUAGGAGAGGAUCAAGUCGAUUUAGCUCAAACUUACACCGGCCUUGACAAAAGAAUCUCUGAAGAAUUCAUCUCGAUCGCUAUGGAUCCCGAUAGAAAAUCUAAGGCUUCGAGCCAUCAUGGUAGCGAAAUCGGUACCGGUGCGACUAGACCUUGUUGAGGAACGUACGGCAGCUCCAUACAUUCUUCUCUUCUUUUUGUACUUUUACUACCAGUUUUUCGUGCCCACGCAAACUCUCAACAAUAUUCUUCGCUUCAGCGAAUAACGCUUUUGCUCAAAACUUUAUGAAAAUAGUCUUUCCUUCGCAAUACUCUUAUUCCCGUUGUUCGUUUUCUUAUAUUUUCCACCAAACAUUGUCACCAGUAUAAUUUGAAUAUAAACUGACCUCAAGCGCCCUCGUUUUCAUUGUAUAAAAUCGCUCGGAAUUUAACGAUUGUUGUCAUUAAUCGUACUAUAAAUAAUUGUAUAUAAAAAAUGAAUUUUUAAUAUAUCGUUGUAAUACAUAACUUUGUUAUUAAAAAUAUUAAAGCCA